UUAAUAUCUGUAUUACCUUUUAAUUACUGUAUAAUUGUAUUAUCUUUACUGUUUUUCACUUUUUACUAAUUAAUUGUAUUUUUGUUUUUCAGGUUACUGUAGCCGCUGAGGGAGCUCACCCCCAUACCGAUCAGGUAUGGAUCCCCAGUGGAGGAGCGAACCUCUUCCAACAGUGGCGCAGUCAGGAGACUUUUCUUUCAGGACUCGUCCUGUGUCUCCGUGGGAGGGUGACGAGCCAGCCGCCUGGGAGGAGCCCCCGCCGUGUCAGCCCGGGUCUCUCGAGAUGAAGCGGAGGGCCCACAUUAAGAUGUGGAUAGACGGUCAACUGGAAGGACUCCUGCCCACCUUCCACCAAGAGUCUCCAUUGCUUUCAACCACACCUGCAAGGUAUGGCUGCAAGACUCUGGUGGCGAUUGCGGAGGCAGAACCCUGGAACAGGCUGGACACUACUGGUACAGUUGCACAGUGUGAGGAAGCCCGGAUCACGUCCCUCACCACCACCUACCCCCCGGAGACAUUCAGCCAGUCAGAUGGCCCGAUGCUGGUGGCAGAGGCGGAUCCCUCUUACACGCUCGACACCACUGGACCAGUGCCUAGGAUUAUCCCAGGUCCAGCUGCACAGGCUGUGUCUGACUUGGAGGACGACAGCGGAGAGGAGGAGUUCCUGGAGCAAGCUCCUAUAACACAGUGGGAGGAAGCAGAGGUAGCGUCCCUUACCACCACCUUCCACUCGGAGACAUCCAGCCAGUCAGGUAUCGAUGUCCUGGUGCUGGAUGCAGGGGCGGAUCCCCCUCACAGGCUGGACACCAACAGCACCGAACCUGAGUCUGAGCCAGUGCCAGUUGCACAGGCUGAGGGGGAUCUGGAGAGCAGCGUGGAGGUCAUGGUGAAGAGCAUAGAAACAGCUCCCAAAAACAAGAGAGGAUGGCUACAGCGCUGUCUGAGACUCUGGAGGAGCACAGCCUCUACCUUACUUUCCUGCUGUCCUUACAGGGCAGAGGACAUGCAGCAGCAGAUAAUUCGAGAGACAUUUCAUCUGGUUUCCAAGAGGGAUGACAACGUCUGCAAUUUCCUUGAAGGAGGAAGUCUGAUUGGUGGCUCAGACUACAAGCUGAUUUACAGACACUACGCUACACUUUACUUUGUGUUUUGUGUCGACUCAUCAGAGAGUGAACUGGGGAUUUUAGAUCUUAUACAGGUGUUUGUGGAGACACUGGAUAAAUGCUUUGAAAAUGUCUGUGAGCUGGACCUGAUCUUCCACAUGGACAAAGUGCAUUAUAUUCUGCAGGAGGUGGUAAUGGGUGGGAUGGUGCUGGAGACCAAUAUGAAUGAGAUUGUGGCCCAGGUGGAGCUGCAAAACCGGAUGGAAAAAUCUGAGGGUGGGCUGUCUGCUGCUCCUGCACGGGCCGUCUCAGCAGUCAAGAACAUGAACCUUCCAGAAAUCCCUCGCAACAUCAACAUAGGAGACAUCAACAUUAAAGUACCCAGCCUGUCCCCAUUCUGAGUCUGCUUCUCUUACGAUGAAUCCUGAAUAUCAACACUGACUGACCUGUUUAGGCUCCGUCUACAAACAUGCUUUCAUAGCUACAAUUGUUUGUUUGGAUAGCUUUUAUAGAACUCCUAUUCACCCUAAUGAGAGACUGUAGCUCCACCUUAGUGUAUAUUGCAGUAUCGACCUGCAACAUGUUAAUUAUAUUCACCCUAAUGAGAGACUGUAGCUCAUUAGGGUGAAUAUAUAUUAAUAAAACUUUAAAUAUAGGUAUUGUGAUAAGGUGAGGUGGAUCUACAAUCUCAUAUUACGCCUAAAAGGGAUUUUUUUAUAGCAUUCUGUUAAACGUGUCCUUUCUAACAUUAGCAGCUACUGUAAAGCACGUUUUUAGGCAGAGUCUAUACAGAUAAAAUACCCUCUUCAUGAUCUUCUUGGACUGACUGCUGACCAUAACCUACAGACUGUUACACUGGAGCGCAGCACAGUCCAAAAUUACUAUUCCACGGUUAAAAUGUGUUACAUGUGUCGUUCAUUUCAGCCAGCCAUUUUUAAUGUUGUUGAUUUUUGUAGUUUUGUAGAUUGUUUUGUUUAUUUGUAAUUGUUCAAUGUGGCAACAUUCCAGUGUCAGGAAUCAUAUUUCUGCCCCUGUUCAUAUAGCCAAAUCUACAAAUAUUACCAAUCAAUGAUAUGUUUAUUUAUACUGUAUGCUUUAUGUUCUGUAAUUAAAACUUGUCCAGAUG